AGUACGAAAUUAUACAAACAGGGACAGUUGAAUGGAUACACGUACUGCAUUCGGCAAAUCUUCGAGGAAAACGCUCUUGGUUUCUCCCACGGUAGCGGUAACGCCACGAAGCUCAACAACAAGUGUCACGGCUUCGCCGCAGAAGAGCAGAAUGGAAAACUAGGGGCCCCUGUGCCAGCCCGCCUGUACACUAGCCCGGCAACUCUCGUGGACGGGUCGCUCGUUGGAGGCCGCAAGGAGCAACGGCGACAGCGUCGGGCCGCCCUGUCGCUACCUUCUGAAGGAAAGCUGCGCUUUGCCGACAGGCUGCGGGCCUUGCUCAAGCGUGAGAAUCACCAGUCACCCCAGCCCGGAGGCGCACCCCAUGACCCCUAUGACUUUUCAGAAGCCCCUUCCUCCGGUUGUGUGGCAGCGGCGGCUGCCCCAUCGGUGCGGCAAAUUCCUGUCUCUGCCCCACUCGCCACUGGCGUAUCCUUGCCUGUCGUGUCAGAAGCGCAGCGGGCGGUCGAAAAUGGCAGCCUCGGGCGGCAAAGCUGUGAUCUGCCCCUCAACCACAGGAGCAUCCAGCCCCAGGCAAAAAUCUUGCCCAAGGAAGUUCCACCCGUCCACCAAACGCAGCAACUCCAGCGGGUGCCCAUUGUCUCCCAGCCGUUGUCGUCUGUGUCCUUUGCCAAGGGAACCACUGUGUUUGGCUUGGCAGAAGUUAAGCCAAAGAUUGUUGCCACAAGUAGCGGUGGCACGUCAGUCGUGUGCAGCAGUGGCACUGGGACCAGUGCCGCUUCUGGAGGCCCAGCCAAGCUGUCAAAGACUAUGAACCGGCUGCAGGCCAAAAUUGCACAGAAUCGAGUGCUGGACAAGCUCAAGCGCGCGCAGCAGGACACUGGUGGGCACGUGUUGAGCCCUUCUAGUCACAAUCACAAUCACCGGGUAAUGGUGUCAUCUUCGGCAUCAUCAGUUUCAUCGUCACUGCUCGCUGGAGCAGUGUUUGGGCAUGACAGGCACGAAGUUGCCAAAGCAGGUGUGUUAGCAAGGCCGCGGGAGAGGCCUGGACGGGACAGGCGUGUCAAGGUGGUGCCCGUGGCCACGGCGCCUACGGCAGCAACCACUGAUUUGGCAACCACUCCUGCUGCUGCUUUGAGCAAUCUGCGGCGUUUCUGGAAUGCGGAGAAAAAUUCUGGGACGGAGGAGGUGGAGGCGGCAGCCGCUGCUAGUGGAAGUGGUGGUGGUGGCAGUGGUGGGGCUGUCGGAGGCUGUGGCAUUCACCAACUCCCCGGUGCGGGUAUCCAAGGAGGUGCAGAUCUGGACAGCUCAGAUAGCGAUUCCAGUGAAGAUGAAGAUGUUGCUGGAGAUCGAGCGCCUUCUUUAUGGAACUGGGACCUUGAUUGCAGUGACGCUUCAACGGUGCGGAGUGUGCGUUCCCUUCGCAUCAGCCGGCUGCGCGCAGAGCUGCGCAAGCGCUACGAGCUCCUGUGCAAGCGUUACGCAGCAGCACGGCCUGCGCUGGAAAGGCAGGAUGCCCUGGUCCGUCACAUGGCACGUGCAGCGGAGCUCUGUCCGGACGCCGCUGCCCGGUUUCUCAUGAAUGAUGGUUCCACUAACAACACGUCGAGGCCUAAGCCUGUGCCUCUGGAAAAGCAUACCUGCUGCUAUAAGCAUGAAAAUGUGGUCUGCGCCACGCCUGCUCUUCCUUAUACGAGGCACUGUACAAAGCACAUAAUGUACAAUGUGGACCAGCUCCUGUUUGAGCACUGUACUGCGAAAUUCGCAGACAACACACAGUGCUGUGUGCCAGUGUUUGACAUGUGCCACGAGCUGCCUCUCUGCCCGGAACAUGCCAAAAAAAGAGACAACUACGACAAAAUGGCGGCUGAGCCCAAACCGAAAAAGCCCCGCAAGAAAUCUAAACCUCCUGCGCUGACACGACCUCCCAAACGGGGCAAGAAGAAGAAAAGUGCAGCUGCAGGCAUGACAUCACCACCUCCGAUGGCACACUCUCCAUCAUCAUCAUUUUCAUCGUGUGUGCCACUCGAGGUGCUCAUCCAGUCACCCGCCUCCUCCUCGUCUUCCUCCUCUCCAUGCUCCUCACGCUCACCCCCAUUCCUUGGUGGCAGUGACUCGUCACCAGCUCUGUUAGCCAGUUUAAUGACCCCACAGGGACUGUCUGCCCAAGCGUCUGCAAUGACGGCACCACACAUAGGUGCAAGUUCCCAGCAACCCCUGCUGCAGAUGGUAACGACUGGGUGCCCUGCUGUGCGCAUCAAGACAGAGCCGAUGUCUCCCGUCAUGCUGCACCACUCGCUGCCCUCUUCUUCCACGACACACACGAUGCCAGUCUUGACAAGCCACCCCAUGCCAAGGUCAACAGCGACAACAUCCCACGUUUCAAUGGCAGCGGCGGCGGCAGCGCCUCACGUUAUGGCAACGACAAGCCGAGCAAUCACUGUUCACCACCCACCGCUGCCCGUUGCCACCACUACCACAGCAAGCCAGUUGGUGAGCGCUUCGACAGCAGGCAUGCUGCCUGUGGUGACACACCCGUCAGCUACUGCGCACCUGGCAGCUGGUGCACCGGCAGUUGUGCGCCCAGCUGUAGCGAAUCCCACACACAUGGUGGCACAAGCCAUGGUGACAGUACCGCAUUCCUCAACCAUAGCUUUGGAGCAGCCUGCUGCCACAGUUGUGGGAGCUUUGGGUGCCUCCUCAAUGGUUGAGAGUUAUGGCUAUGUGCCUGUGCUGGCAGCUGCCAGUGGAAUCAACUCUGAAACGGUGGCAAAGGAACUUGUGGAAAGAAUAGAGCCUGAUCUGGCUACGGAUCUUGAGAAUCAGUUCUCACCAGACACGAUAGAAAAAUCUUUGGAGCUGCCACUUGAUGCAGCGGAACUGGCCAGCCAAGCGACAAAGCUGCUUGAGGAGCAUGAUUUCACGGAAGUGUUAAAUAAAAUCUCCGACGAUGCUUUCAGCGACUUCUUUGCAGAAGCGAAAAAUGGUGAGUAUGUGCCGAGCAAGGAGGAAACGGAGGAGUUGGAGAGAGCCCUGGCAGCUGUCUCCAAGGACGUAUCCAUGGCACGCGAAUCCCUGGCCAAGCUUUCAGCCGCGGGUGCGGGACAGGGUGACGUUCCCGAUUUGCCCGACCUGGUGGAUGCCUUCCCAGACUUGCCACUGAGCACGAGUGACAUCAACUCGCUCACUCAGGCACUAAUGGGUGGCGAGGCCCUGAGAACCGUAGCCCUGCUGUCCUCGGCCGACCAGGGUUUUACACUGCUUGAACAGCCUACAUUUGGACCCCAGCAACAGGCCGCUGCUGUGAAUGCAGAUGCUGCGGCCAUUUCGGCGUCAACUGGCAGUUGGCUUCUGGGUACAUCGUCGGACUUUGCCACCUCCUCGCCUGCCACGACCCCUGAAGUGCCCGCCCAGGGGUCCAACGCUGCGGCCGUGCUGCCCAAACGUUCGGUGCUAGCUCAGGAGUCUGUGUCCUAGCGAUGAACCGGGACACUCCGCCGCUUGCCCGGGCCCGAGCGUUUGCUGGAAGUGUUCUUUUCUCCGUGGUGGUCCAACAAGUGCAGCCUGGGUUGGGACAUGCUCCACCUUCUCUGUCUGUCGCCAGGAUGGCGCCAGUGGAAGCCGCAGUACAAAAGCCCAUGCCAGUUGGGUUUUCUCUUCUUCCUUCGCAUCCCGUGGCAGUUGAGAGCCGCUAUUGCAUGGCACACUGGAAGCCACCUACGAGGGUGGUUCUCCGAGACGUGAUCAGGGCAGAGGCCGCUGCUGCCAGCAAGCUUUUGAGCAGAAGCGUUCUCCUCGGGCGGUGUCGCACACGUACCUGUUCCAAAGGGUUAGGGGUAGGGGGGUGCUUGUCGUGUUCUCGUGGCGGCUCUCCCUAGCGGGGCAAUGUCGCUGUCGUCUGGGAGUCCCGUCCAGGGGCUGGCAGCUGUGGCUACUGUCAGCCUCUCCCUCCUUGUGCUGUCGUGCUCAAUUUCUCGUGCAUGUGUGGUCUCUACUUUCAGUUUUUACUUUUUCCGUGAUGUGACACUAAGACUCCUUGAGAAGAAAUUGCUAGGGAGCGAACAGGAGCCGUUAGUCGUAAAUGAGCAUGCUUUUGUGUUUUGUUUUUCUCGUUCAUAUCUUCUUGGCCAUGUACAGGUUUUUGUUUGCAACUGUCUUUUUUGCGUCAUUCUCAUUGUCCUCUGCAAGUGUUAGGUAGCGUGGUUGUAUUAUAACUAUUGUGUAUUAUAGGUACCCGCUGCUCAUGCUUUUUUGUUGUCAUUGUUUUCAUUUGCUGUGGUGAUAACAUUUUUUUCUAUCAGUCCUCA